CCCAAAGUCUCCCCUUUCCUAUUGUCGCCCUUUUUUUAUCGGUAGAUAUAAUAACAGACAAAACACAUUAAAAAAGAAGAGGAAGAGAAAAAAAAAACCAAAGAUCCUCAAAAACCAAGCACGCGUCCAUCUUCGCCACCUCUCUGUUUUUCUAGCUCUAUCUCUUUACUUCCUUCUUUUAUGAUUUAUAAAGCAAUACUCUGCCUUAAGAACUCUCUAGUUUUCUGUUUUGUUUUCUCUUGAUGGGUGCCUAUUUCUCUGUUUUGUUCAUUAACCAAGGGGGUUUAUCAUCUGUUUCAUCAUCGUCACCCAGUUUGGGAGAUUUACCAGAGAGCUGUGUGGCAUUAAUUAUUGGGUAUUUGGAUCCUCCGGAGAUAUGUAAAUUGGGAAAGUUGAACAGAGCAUUUAGAGGUGCUUCUUGGGCUGAUUUUGUUUGGGAAUCGAAAUUGCCAUCUAAUUAUCAAGUCCUUGUUGAUAAAAUUCUAACUUUUGCGCCUGAAAAUUUGGGUAAACGAGAAAUAUAUUCAUUGCUCUGUACAACAAAUACUCUUGAUGGUGGUACCAAGAAAGUAUGGCUAGAUAAGAGCAGUGGUGGUUUAUGCAUGUCAAUAUCUUCAAAGGGAUUACAUAUAACAGGGAUUGAUGAUCGAAGAUAUUGGAAUCAUAUUCCAACUGAUGAAUCUAGGUUCCAUUCGAUCGCAUAUCUGCAGCAAACCUGGUGGUUUGAAGUCGACGGAGAGGUGGAAUUUCCCUUUCCAGCAGGAAGCUAUAGCGUUUUCUUCAGACUGCAGCUAGGUCGUUCCUCUAAGAGGUUUGGUCGCCGAAUCUGCAACUCGGAGCACAUCCAUGGUUGGGAUAAAAAACCCGUAAGGUUUCAACUAUGGACAUCAGAUGGUCAGCAUGCCAGAUCUCAAUGUACUUUGAAUGAACCUGGAAAAUGGUUUCACUACCAUAUCGGGGACUUCAAUGUCAAGAACUCGAAUUCAUCAACAAAGAUUAAGCUAUCGAUGACUCAAAUCGAUUGCACGCAUACGAAAGGGGGUCUAUGUUUAGACUCUGUUGUCAUAUACCCAAGCAAAUACAGGGAAAAAUUAAAGCAGAAAGGGUUUUUAAGGUGCUAAACCCUAUGUUUUUAGAAGUUGAUAUUUUGUAGUACGGUAUAUGUAUAUUCAAGAGAGUGUGUUUAAGUUUUCUAGCUGGUUUUUUUUAGAGACUUAAAAGAAGUCAUUUUUGUGUGCAUAAAUGUUGUCUCCAUUUGUUUAAUUACUAUGUACCUUUGAGGUUUUGAGAGUAGAAUAAUUUCUUUCUUGGGAGCUAAGCAUUAUCUUAAUAAACCCAUUUCGAAAUUCGUGUGCGAUA